ACUUGGUCAAAGAUUCUUACACAUUUGGAAGGGACGAUAGUUGCGACUUCAAGUUCUCCCCUAACAUGUUCGACAAGUCUGCACCUUUCUCAGCUUUCAGCAAGCUGCAUUUCCGGAUCACAAGGGAAUCGACCUCCCAAGGUUUGCUGGUCUUUAUUCACGAUUUGAGUAGCAAUGGUACAUUUUUGAACGAAUCGAAAAUCGGUAUGACCGAAUUCUUUUGUUACUGUUGUAAAGGCAAGAAGCAACCACUAAACAAUAACAAUGAAAUAGCUCUGGCGAUUAAAUCACUCAAAUGCUUUAUAUUCUCCGACUUAACUUCUGUCCAAACUGAGUUUCCACCAGAAGUAACUUCAAAGUACACUGUUUGCAAAAGAUUGGGCCGUGGCGCUUGCGGCGAAGUCCGGCUUGUUUUCGGUAGGGAGUCAUGCCAGAAAUAUGCUAUGAAAAUUGUACAAAAGAAAACGUUUUCCUUUCUCGCCAAGGCUAAUGAUAAUCUUGUCAACCGUGUACAGUCUGAAGUGGCUAUUUUGAUGCGGCUGAACCAUCCUUGCAUUGUGCGCAUUUUUGAUGUCAUCGACACGGACGACGCCUUGUACAUGAUACUUGAACUUGUAGAACACGGCGAACUCUUUGAUCGUGUUGUGAAUCUUGGACAACUUAGUGAAGACGAUUCGAAGUUCCUUUUUCUGCAGAUAGUUCUAGCCACCAAGUACCUUCAUGACAAUGGAAUUACUCAUCGGGACCUGAAGCCGGAGAACAUUCUGCUUUCUGGACCUUCCAAUCGUUGCUUGAUCAAAGUAACGGAUUUUGGUCUCUCAAAGUUUGUUGAUGGCAACACAAUGCUUCGAACAUUUUGUGGCACACCGACAUACUUAGCUCCUGAAGUCCUUCUUACGGCCGGUUGUGGAGUGUACACAUCCUCAAUCGAUGUCUGGUCUCUCGGUGUCAUCCUGUAUAUAUGGUAA